UAUCCAUCUCUCAUUCUCCAGCAGUGAUGUAGUCCUCUCAAACUUUGGCAGAUCUUUGGCGAUGAAGCCUUGAUUGACAUCCAUGACUCCUGGACCUUUAUGGAUUCAUUCAUUUCUUUUUUAGGUCUUUUUGUCCUCUUUUCAGAGUCACCUCUCUCUUCAUUUCUUAUAUCUUGUGUUUCCUUUGUAUUUGGACCAUGGCCAUGAAGGAGACCGUACUCCCUAUCAGUGAGGUUACCAGUCCGUACCCGGAGGUCGUGGAACUCAAUGUUGGCGGCCAGGUGUACGUCACCAAACGUUCCACCUUGAUCAGUGUACCUGACACCACCCUCUACACCAUGUUCACCCGCUACACCCCACAGGAACUUCCCCGCGACAACCGAGGACGCUUCUUCAUUGACCGUGAUGGCUUCUUGUUCCGAUACGUGCUGGACUUCCUUAGAGACCGCCAGCUAGUGCUACCAGAACACUUCCCAGAACGGGACCGUCUACAGCGGGAAGCCGAACACUUCCAGUUGGGGGAGCUGCUGAGACUUCUUGGCCCACGUGUUGCCAAACAAGGAUCGCUUAACGAUGAGGGCUGCCAAAGUGAUAUCGAGGAAAUUUCACAGAGUAGCGAGUUGGUGACUCGAAUGGGAAACAGCGCCACCAACUACGCGACUUCCUCUUUCACCCUAGACAAGAGGUCAGGGUUCAUUACGAUUGGUUAUCGGGGAUCAUAUACGAUGGUGAGGGAUAACCAAACCGACACAAAGUUCCGUCGUGUGGCGCGGAUCAUGGUGUGCGGCCGUAUUGCUCUGGCGAAAGAGGUGUUCGGGGACACGUUGAAUGAAAGUCGAGAUCCGGACCGUCCACCGGAGAAAUACACCUCACGCUUCUACCUAAAGUUUACCUACCUGGAGCAAGCAUUUGACAGGUUGAGCGAAGCUGGGUUCCAGAUGGUGGCCUGCAACUCGACUGGAACGGCCGCAUUUGUUAACCAGUACAGAGAUGACAAGAUCUGGAGUAGCUACACAGAGUACAUCUUCUUCAGGCCUGCCUGCAAGUCAGCAUCACCUAAACUGGAACGCGAGGAGCCCAAGUCAGAGAAACUGCUGGAUAAGGCGAGCGAGAGCGGGGCCUCUCUGAAUGAGCUCUCUACCUCCAGCUCCGAGAUCCACUCUGAGGCCACUUCGCCCCAGGACGGGGGCCCCAUCCUGGUGUCUUGUGGUGAGGUCGUUGGGGGAUCCCUGGCCCCGUGUGGCGCCCUGCACUCUGUCUCUCGACCUCCGAGCACACUCACUCUGGGCCGACCGCCAAAGAAAGGUUCCUCCGUGCAGUGGAUGGAGCUACCGGAUAAAAGGCGGAACAGCGAGCUGUUCCAGUCCCUCACCAGUGGGGUGGGACCGCGGGAAGGUGAAGGCAGUGGUCUGACCAGAAGGAAGACUCUGGAGAGGCCCAGUGCAGAAGAGGAAAUGAAACAGUGCAUCCGAGAAUUUCGAAAGAUCAAGAUCCCCCCUGCGUUCCCAGAGCGCAAACGGCAGUGGCAGUCAGAACUACUUCAGAAAUACGGCCUUUAAAGAAAACUCAGGAUAGAAUAACUUUGUUUUAAACUACCCAUUUUAUUCACAAUCGCACACACUAUAUUGCUAUAUUUGUUCAAAGUUUCCUCAAUUCCUCAAUUCCAAAAACAGAAUUCCUCAAAUGCCUUGAUAUACAUUGAGAAACAGAACCAUACAACCAACCAUUGGAAAAAUGUUGAAAGAAGCAAAUUGGGAAUAGAACCAAUGAAACACAGUCCACUUUGCUACAUUUUGUUGGCAUGGAACUACAAAGAUCGACAGCACCAUUGCUUUACCAUUCAUUUCUUUAGAACUUGAAAAAACUAUUAAAAAGUGACGAAAGAAAUGUUUUUGAAUAAAGUGAGAUUCAAGAGCCAUUCCAUUAGAGCCAUCUAAUUAAACCAUUGUAUUGUUCAGAAAGUAUGUAGAAUCUAUUAAUUACUGAACUGACAGACAUUGUGUCAUCUGUCUUUGGUGGCCUAGGCAAAGUGGAAAUAGAAAUUCAUCAUGUGUAGUCAUGUCACUUCACUGGAGAAAUGUGGAGCACUUGAAUCAGUCUAGAGUCUAUGUGAUUUAUGUGAAAUGCUGGUCUUACCAAUAUAUACAGUAUAUAAAGGUCUUUUUUACAACAUAAACAGAUCUGCUGAUAUACUUUUCGCUGAGAAUCAUGAAGAUUGAAUGGAAAGUAAUUUCGAAUUAUACCAUGCAUAAUUUAUACAGGAUCUACUAUCUUACAAGGUUGAGUCAAUUUGAAUUUAAUUUGAAUUGAGGAAUCAAACAGGAUGCAGAAUUUUAGAAGGCAAUUUAAGAAUGUAGAAUUAAACUGGUCUUUCUAGCAAGUCAGUCCACUGUCAGCCAUCUUUGGAAUGCUUUCAGGAGGCCCAUGACAGUGCAGCUCCUAUCUACUUGAAUGGAGAAACAAUGAAAUCUCAAAAACGGUUGGUCAAGAUUGCGAUCAAAGAAUAUAUUUCAAAUCUGCAGUAAAAUCUGACAAAACUGGUAUCAUAAAUUGUGCUUCUUUACAUCAUAUAACGCAAGUUUCCCGGCUUGUAUAGCUAAUGUGCAUGCGCAUUCUCAAGUUGACAGGCGAUGUCUGUAUCUAAAAGGUGAUUGGCUCUUUUGCCUGUAAGGCGGGACUUCCUUUCUACAUCUGAUGAUCGUUGGCAGUUCCAAUUUCUCCCAUUCAUAUUAAUAGAAGUGACCUGUCUCGCUAAAUAGUCUCUGGGAAAGCGUGUUACAGGUGACUGACAAUCCUCAGCCAUUUGUAUUGCAUAAAUAAAUAUGGAAUUAGUAAAUUAAGUGUUGGAUAGGAAACUAGCUAAAAUUUGAUGCCUGUAUUGUAUUGAUUUGAAAUACUGUUUGUUGACUGGUUGGUCUC